AUGCCAGUGCAAACCAGCCCGCCGUCCUUUCCGGACUCAUUUCCAUCCUUCAUGUCGGUAUUCGGUGGACCCCUUCCACGAUACAAAGAAGAAGAAACUAUCAUUCACCCGCUGCAAUACCCAACCCAUGUCCCUGUCAAUACACGCCAAUCACCUUCUGCCCACCGUGAAAGUGUCUCAUCCAUGACCACGGCCUCGACCGAAUCCUCCCCGACCACGACCAUCUCGCCCUUUGAUUCGCCUGGCGGAGGUGACAUCUCUCCGAGCUCAUCCCCGGAAUCUCCCUCGGCGAUGACCGUUUCCUACCCGAAGUUCAUACCCUCUACACGGCCCGUGGAGCUUGCUCCGCGCCUGUCACAACCCGCUCCUCAUAAUACGCGUCCAGAGUCCCCGAACCGCCGUGCGCGUAACUUGAAGAACUUAUCAUUGCGGAUGCCGCCGCCAUCCAAUGCACGUCCACCUAUCGCUACUGCAUCCGUGGUUGAGACCACGUCAAGGCACCACUUCGAUAGCCCCUCACCUCCCAUCCCCAUUCCUUCGAAGAGCACGCGGCGGCGCCCCGCCAACCUCACUAUCCAGACCCCCACUUUCAACAAUUUCAACAAAUCCUUCUCUACUACCGCUCAAGAUGGAGUGCCCCCGACUCCAUCGCUCCGUCAUGCAGAAUCCUCACCUUCGCUUGCCCUGAUUACAUCGCCCUCGUUUGCCCCACAAGGAGGUAUGCAGUUACCCCGACCAAUGACACAACAUGGUGUGGGCCAUUCAUCCGGUGGAUUCCCCGACAACACUGCGCUGCCCUUGAUGCCGAGUGAUGAGCCUGCUUUGUCUCGACGUAUACUCCCCGGCUUGGAAGAAGAAGAUGACCACCUCGAUUCACGCGAAUCAACUCGCAAGAAGGAUCGUGGCUACCCAGAUGGUCCGAUUCGAAUUCAUGACUCCGGAGUUUAUCUGUAUUUGGAGCCAACAGCGGACGAAGCGUCGAAAUUCGAUGUGGUGAUCAACGUUGCCAAAGAAGUAGCGAACCCAUUUAGCGCCAACAAGGAGGAGCGGAACGACACGGUGAUGAGCACAUGGCGGAACACCUCCAUGGCCUCGAAACGCCUUUCUCGCAGUGAGCCCCAGACUGCGGUCUCAGAAAUGUCCUUCAAAUCCGCCUGGGAAUUCCAGCCCUCGGAUUCCGAGUCGGCAACACCUACUAUCUCGAGUCCUGUAACCCCUACGCCGGAGUACAUCCAUGUCGGUUGGGAUCACAAUUCUGAAAUCCUUGAAGAUCUGCUCCCGCUCUGCGAGCUUAUUGACGACCGGAUUGCUCAAGGGAAGAAAGUCCUUGUGCAUUGCCAACUGGGUGCCAGCCGCUCGGCAUCGCUAGUGAUCGCCUACGGACUGUACAAAAGCCGACACCUGGAUUUCAACUCCAUGUACGAAGCGGUUAAAAGUCGCAGUCAAUGGGUGGGCCCGAACAUGAGUCUCAUCUAUCAGCUCACAGACUUCCGGUCCAAACUGAUGCGGGGAUCCACCUCGAAGCCCCCGCCACAGGAGUGGUUCGUGCAAAAUGGCAGACGAAGCUCAGAGCCUCAGGUUGCACGAGCUGAGCGCCCUGCCCCUAACGACUCAACUCGACCAGCGUUCCGUGGAUUAUCCCAGGCACCUUCGACGAGCUGCCUUUCUAUCCCAGAAACGACUUCGACUCGUCCUACCACCAGUGGCACCGAAUGCUAUUCCAAAUUCAAGUCUAACUCGCCCAAGCGGAGUUUAUCCCCCCGACCUCUUCCCUUCCGACAGAAGUUCCAGUCUCUCGGCCCUGCAUCGGGUCGAUCACGGGGGAUGUUGCGCAGCGUUAGCAGUUGCGAACCGCUUGUUCAGGCCAAUGCGUUCGGGCGUGAUACGCGGGACUCUCUUGAUGGUCUAUUCUCGCCGAGGACCAGCGAGUUCCUCGCGCCAACUCCUUUAGCACCACUGUCAUUCCACCGAAUAGAUCGCUCUGCUGCCUUAUCCCCACCCCCAAUCCCUCAAGGCAGCCCGUUCGCUGCCGAGCCGGUUGAUCCUCGUUCGCCCCCCUCUGGCGGGGAGCCCCUUAUUAUGAGAUCCAUUGAUGAAUUUUUGUGA